AUGUAUUUCUCGGCUCGACAGACGUUUAUUGAAUUUGCUCCUGUUUUCUUUCCCAGACAUGUUUCUGAGUACAUCGAGGAGCUCCAGAGCCGCGCCUCAGACAACGUGGAGGUGAUGAAGGCUAGACUGGACCCUUAUUUCACUCAGGUUCGAGACAACGCCCAGGCCAAGAUCACCACCCUGAACGAGCUGCUGAGGACCCAGGUGGGCAACCUGAGGGACCCGGUCCAGACCGCCGUGGAGGACAUCAAGGGUCGCUUUGAGAACACAGCUGAGAACCUGCGCUCCACUCUGGGUGGGAAGAUGGAGGAGCUGCGGAACUGGUUUGAGCCAUACGUGUCCAUGGUCAGAGACAGCUUGUAAACAGCACCCGUGAUCAGAACUGCUUCAUGUGACAGAAUCCACAAUAAAAGCAGAAUAAGACCAGAUGUUUCUCCUCACCACACUUAAUCCACAGCUGCUGUGAAAAAAA